AUUCCGUUGUCUACUCGAUUUUUUUUGUAUUUAUUUUCGGUGAUUUAAGUGCGAUAUCUUCUUGCAGGAUUGGUAAAAGCGGUGAAAAUUAUCAAUAAAAUACCUAAAACCAAAAUGCCGAAAGCCAGAAUAACUUUAAUCGAGCGCAUUAAUUACACGUUAUGAAACUGGCCCCCUAAAUCUCAAGCCCUAUUGGUAUAUUGAGAUCAAAGAAAUUGUGAACAAAUUUUACCCCUAGCGCUGCUUUGGUUUUAUUGCUGCUGCUACCGCAGCUGCAAUGAAAAUUGCAAUGGGACGCAUAAGGAACAAAAAAAUUUGGCUAUACUUCGAUCGGAUAUCGGAUUGUGCGGCACGAUGUAAGAAUUGCAAACUAAAUUUGUCUUGCAAACAUACUUCGGCAAAUUUGGUCCGUCAUUUGUAUUACAAGCACCAUGUUGAUGCGAGCUACUACGGUGCAGAACGGACUGGUUUUCUGAAACAGAAGCGUGGAAGAAUAAAUCAGCGUUCGAAUGAAGUAAUGGAAGUAACGGCCACUUACCUACCGUCUGUUACUACAACUGAGUCAUUCACUCCAGUCGACGUAAUAAAACAAGAAGUCGUACCAUUGAAGCUCGUACGUUGUAAUAGAUCUGAUGAAGACGACGAAGACACGCGCUCGGCACAUGAAUAUCAAGAACCAAAUGCAUCAUUAUCUUCGCCCCCGAUGAACAUACCAUCUACGGAGGAGACAAACGAAGAUAUAAACCUUAAUAAUGAUCUACAUGCACAUAAUAUUAACGUUCAGGACGCUCUUAAUGUGCAGAUGUGUAUGGAAACCCCCCACCUUAAAGAGAAACUUAAGGCCGAAACACGCUACUACAAUGAGAUGGCUGAGUUAGCACGAGCUAAAAGGAAUAUGAUUGAACUGCAGAGUAAAAAAAUUAUGCUAGAAAUGGAAACCAUGCGAUCCAGCUGACUAGUGACUAAUGCUACCAGUAGCAUGCCUCAGUCCUUGUUUUGUUGGUAAUCCUUUUAGAAAUCGCUUAUCAUAAAUGCUUAUUAACUUGAUACUUAGAAUUCGUA